UUAGAUCUAUAUUAUUAAGCAAAUAUGUAGAAUAUUGUAUAUUACUUAAUAAAAUGUUCCAAAGAAACGGAAUCCGAUUUGUGAAAGUAGUCGCUCAACCAUGUAUGUUUACGGCACAAUCUCGGUCUUUUAAUUUGACCGCUCAAUAUUAUCAACAAAAGGAGCUUAAGAAGACUGUUUUGCAUGAUUUUCAUAAAGACAAUGGCGGAAAAAUGGUUGGAUUCGCUGGAUGGUCAAUGCCCGUACAAUAUAAGGAUUUAGGACUUGUGGCUUCGCAUCACCACACGAGGGAGAAGGCAUCACUUUUUGAUGUGUCACAUAUGCUGCGUAAAAUUUUUGGAAAAGAUCGCAUCAAAUUUAUUGAAUCACUAAUCGUUGGCGACAUUCAAGGGUUAGAAAACGAUUCAGGAACAUUGAGCCUUUUUACAAAUGACAAGGGGGGCAUCCUUGAUGAUGUCAUCGUCAACGUAACCAAUGAUGACCAUCUCUAUAUCGUUUCUAAUGCAGGAUGUGGGGAUAAAAUUACAGCGUUAUAUAAUAAUGCUCUGUCAGAUUUCAAAGGUGAUGCUCGUAUUGAAUAUAUUGAUAAUGGACUUGUUGCUUUACAAGGUCCUCUUGCAGCAAAGAUUUUACAAAAUGGUGUCAGUUUUGAUUUGAGUGAAAUGUAUUUCAUGAAAGGAUUUUAUGGCAAACUUUUCGGCGUUGAUAACUGCCGUAUAACAAGAUGCGGGUACACUGGCGAAGAUGGGUUUGAAAUAUCUAUACCGAGAGAAAAAACUGUUGCUAUUACAGAAAAGCUACUCGAAAAUGAGGAUGUAAAAUUAGCCGGACUUGGAGCAAGAGAUAGUUUACGUCUUGAAGCCGGGCUUUGUCUUUAUGGGAAUGAUAUGGAUGAAACUACAACCCCAGUUGAAGCAAGCUUAACAUGGUGUAUUGGGAAACGAAGACGGAAAGAAAAAAAUUUCCCUGGUGCUGAAAUAAUAUUGCAGCAGAUUAAAAAGAAGCCGGAAAAACGCAGGGUCGGAUUUGUCAAUGAAGGCCCGACUGCGAGAUCCGGUGCUUCGAUUUUUGAUAACAACGGUGCAGAAAUUGGACGCGUUACUAGUGGUUGCCCAUCACCUACUCUACAGAAAAAUAUUGCAAUGGCUUAUGUUCCAACUGAGAGUUCCAAAAUAGGCACACUGUUUUCAGUUCAAGUGAGGAAAAAAGUUCACCCAGCGAAAAUUGUGAAAAUGCCUUUCACCCCUGCCAAAUAUUAUUUUCCGGCAAAAUAGAUUUAUUUUUAUAAUUUGAUUUUUGAAAAAUUAUAUUCUGUUAUCGCCACACACUAGCUUAGAUAACGUUAUUGUAUUUUUGUAAUAAAAAAACUAUAAAUAGGAAAUCCUAUGUUAUUCAGCACGAUUUUACAGUUUUAAGCAAUAAUCGAUCGCGCUUGGCCAUGUAUGAAAUUUGUCUGGUUUAUCUUUUACUAUUGUUCCAUAAAGCAUGGCCAUACAUGAAUUUGCUGAACUUUCCUCUCGCAACGUUAUUCAUUCGUUGAAAAGAAUUAGUCGCGUAGCGAUAACAGGAUAGAGUUUUAAUAAGGUGUAGCAACAAUAAAUGUUCCAUGACACUCUUG